AUGGCGUCUGUAUUACCGGGGUAUCUGGGGGAAUUAUUGAACCACACGGAGCUGAAAACAUAUUGCCAGCAGAAGACAGCCUCUCAGGAGGGAAUCUGUAGAUUCCUAAAACCCGCCGACAAACAGGAAACAGUCUCGGAGUGGGUAUAUGACGAUGACAGUAGAUGGAAGGAAGUGAAGAAUAAAAGGGGUAUAUAUUCAUUAACGAGAGGAGCUUGUAUAGAUAUCGAGAUGUGGUUGAGUACAUUGAGCAUCACCCCACAAGCAGGAAGGAAGGAGUUAUUGACGGGGUGUUCAUAUGAUGACUAUAAGUCAAAUAAGCAGAAGAACAGCAGCGGGGAAAGCUGUAUUCCAAAAAAAGCAAUCCUGAGAUGGCAUGGAUUAGGAGGGAACAGGUCAUUGUUCCUGAAGCAACCAAACCAGAAAACUUUGCAGGUCUGUAUGGAUAUAAUGAGGAUAAUACUAUUAGAAGUGGGCCUAACAGUCAGUGGCAGACGUGUAGAUCAGGAGAAGGCUAUGCAAGUAAAUAUCUGCGACGGAAUAUACAAGAGGUUUAAAGAAUGGGCAGGUGAGGAGAUCGCCCAUACCAUAAUGGAGCAGUGGUUCGAUAUAGAAGGAGGGAAGAGAACCGGCGCAAAGGGAUUCUCACUAAGCGGAAGGGAUUUGUAUGAGAUUAUGACGGAAGCUGUUGCAGGAGUUGGAAAAGGGGAUAAGGACACCAAAUGUACAAGAGUGACGCCUUCAGCGGAACCCAACGAGAAUGACGAAGUAGAAUAUACGACGGGGUCCCAACACGAAGUACAGGUCGAGGAGACUCGGAACCGGAUCGAUGAGGUUUGGAGGAGCAUAGAGGAAGCAGGACAUCAGGUAGGAGUCAGGGAGAUGGGACCUGCAGAGGGAGGGACCUUCAUUGGGGAGAGGAGAAGGAAUAUGCACUCUGUUAGAAUCAGUCAUAUGGUUCUCAGGAGGCCUGGAAGUGGAGGAGUGGGGUA